ACGGCGGAGGCUCGCACAGCCCUUAACAGCCAGAGUCGGGCAGGGGACUCCUUCGCGGGGCCGCGGUCGCUAGGGAUUCCCGGAAACGUGGCACGCGGGUGGCACGACUGUGCCUGGAGCCGCCGCCGUGCCAGGGGCAUCCCCACCCCGCGGGACACCUACGGAGGCGACGCGGGGGCCUAGGCCCCUGAGUGCCAGUGGUGGUGCUGACCCUUGUCAUCUGGAACCCUAUGCAGCCGGAUCCCAGGCCUAGCGGGGCUGGGGCCCGCAGCCGAUUCCUACCCCUGCGGUCACAGUGCCCCAAAGGGGCAGGGGACGCGGUGAUGUACGCCUCUACCGAGUGCAAAGCCGAGGUGACGCCCUCCCAGCACGGCAACCGGACCUUCAGCUACACGCUGGAGGACCACACCAAACAGGCCUUUGGCAUCAUGAAUGAGCUGCGGCUCAGCCAGCAGCUCUGCGACGUCACGCUGCAGGUGAAGUACGAGGACGCGCCGGCCGCCCAGUUCAUGGCCCAUAAGGUGGUGCUGGCCUCGUCCAGCCCUGUCUUCAAGGCCAUGUUCACCAACGGGCUGCGAGAGCAGGGCAUGGAGGUGGUGUCCAUCGAGGGCAUCCACCCCAAGGUCAUGGAGCGUCUCAUCGAGUUUGCCUACACGGCCUCCAUCUCCAUGGGCGAGAAGUGCGUGCUCCACGUCAUGAACGGCGCCGUCAUGUACCAGAUUGACAGCGUGGUCCGCGCCUGCAGCGACUUCCUGGUGCAGCAGCUGGACCCGAGCAACGCCAUCGGCAUCGCCAACUUCGCCGAGCAGAUCGGCUGUGCCGAGCUGCACCAGCGUGCCCGCGAGUACAUCUACAUGCACUUCGGAGAAGUGGCCAAGCAAGAGGAGUUCUUCAACCUGUCCCACUGCCAGCUGGUGACCCUCAUCAGCCGGGAUGACCUGAACGUGCGCUGCGAGUCCGAGGUCUUCCACGCCUGCAUCAACUGGGUCAAGUACGACUGCGAGCAGCGGCGCUUCUACGUGCAGGCGCUGCUGCGGGCCGUGCGCUGCCACUCGCUCACGCCCCAUUUCCUGCAGAUGCAGCUGCAGAAGUGCGAGAUCCUGCAGUCUGACUCGCGCUGCAAGGACUACCUGGUCAAGAUCUUCCAGGACCUCACCCUGCACAAGCCCACGCAGGUGAUGCCCUGCCGGGCGCCCAAGGUGGGCCGGCUCAUCUACACCGCCGGGGGCUACUUCCGGCAGUCCCUCAGUUACCUGGAGGCCUACAACCCCAGUGACGGCACGUGGCUCCGGCUGGCUGACCUGCAGGUGCCUCGCAGCGGCCUGGCGGGCUGUGUGGUGGGCGGGCUGCUGUACGCCGUCGGCGGCCGCAACAACUCGCCCGAUGGCAACACUGACUCCAACGCCCUGGACUGCUACAAUCCCAUGACCAACCAGUGGUCGCCCUGUGCCCCGAUGAGCGUGCCGCGCAACCGCAUCGGGGUCGGGGUCAUCGACGGGCACAUAUACGCGGUGGGCGGCUCCCACGGCUGCAUCCACCACAACAGCGUGGAGAGGUAUGAGCCAGAGCGGGACGAGUGGCACUUGGUGGCCCCGAUGCUGACGCGGAGGAUCGGGGUGGGAGUUGCUGUCCUCAAUCGCCUGCUCUAUGCGGUUGGGGGCUUCGAUGGGACGAACCGCCUGAAUUCAGCCGAGUGUUACUACCCAGAGAGGAAUGAGUGGCGAAUGAUCACACCCAUGAACACCAUUCGGAGUGGGGCAGGAGUCUGCGUCCUGCACAACUGCAUCUAUGCUGCGGGGGGCUACGACGGUCAGGACCAGCUGAACAGUGUGGAGCGCUACGAUGUAGAGACAGAGACAUGGAAUUUUGUAGCCCCCAUGAAACAUCGCCGAAGUGCUCUCGGGAUUACCGUGCACCAGGGAAGAAUCUACGUCCUCGGAGGCUAUGACGGCCACACGUUCUUGGACAGUGUGGAGUGUUACGACCCUGACACAGACACAUGGAGUGAGGUGACCCGCAUGACGUCCGGCCGCAGUGGGGUGGGUGUGGCCGUCACCAUGGAACCCUGCCGGAAGCAGAUCGACCAACAGAACUGCACCUGUUGAGCCACUUUUGUUUCUUUGGCAAAAAAAAAAAAAAAAAAAAAAGAAAGAAACAGUCCCAUUGAAAGUAUUGUUUUUUUGUACAAAAAUAGGGACAGAAGAAAAGGCAACAGAGCAAAUACUCAUCCUCCAGGAAGGGAGGCCAGGAUGCCUCAGUGUUAAUCUGAUGACUCAAAAGAAGGCCAAAGGGAACCUAUGAACACCUCCCAGACAUCCCAGGAAUAUCUGAGACAGCCUGCCUGGGAGGGACACGUGCAAAGAGUGGGCUCCCAGGAGAGAGGCCACCACAUCUACUGGCUAGAGACUAGCCUGGGGCCCACAUCAGCAGCUGCCAUCUCCCUCGGAGGCAAAGCAGGUGCCCAGCUCAGCCUGGUUUCUGGAGACUUGGGAUGGAGCUGAACGAGGCCCCAGAGGUUCAGGCCCCUCUGGAAGUGUGGUCCCCUGGAUUGAGCCUGUACAUAGAAGCCACUGGAUAUUUCUGCCCUGGACUUCAUUUUGUUGAGAAGUAACCCUGUAACUUUCCAAUGAAAAUAAAGAACAAACUAACGAGUGUCUUCCA